AUGUCCCAGCCAACACCAACAACAACAACAUCAUCAUCAACACCCUGGUGGAAAACAGCCGCCAUCUACCAGAUCUACCCAGCCAGCUUCAAAGACUCCAAUGGCGACGGCAUCGGCGACCUGCCCGGCAUCAUCGGCAAGCUGGACUACAUCCAGUCGCUGGGCGUCGACGCCAUCUGGCUGUGCCCCAUGUACGACAGCCCACAGCACGACAUGGGCUACGACAUCUCCGACUACGAGGCCGUCUACGCGCCCUACGGCACCGUCGCCGACGUCGAGACGCUGAUCGCCGCCUGCCACGAGCGCGGCAUGCGCAUUCUGCUCGACCUGGUCAUCAACCACACCUCCGACCAGCACGCCUGGUUCAAGGAGUCACGCUCGUCCAAGACCAACCCAAAACGCAACUGGUACAUCUGGCGGCCAGCGAGGUACGAUGCCGACGGGACGAGACGUCCGCCCAACAACUGGCGCAGCACCUUUGGCGGCAGUGCGUGGGAGUGGGACGAAGAAACGCAGGAGUACUACCUGCAUCUGUUCGCGGUGCAGCAGCCCGACCUCAACUGGGAGCUGUCCGAGACGCGCGUCGCUAUCUACGAGUCCGCCGUCGAGUUUUGGCUGCGCAAGGGUAUCGACGGCUUCCGCGUCGACACCGUCAACAUGUACAGCAAGCCGCUGGACUUUCCCGAUGCGCCCGUCAUCGACCCAACACUCGACUGCCAGCCGGCCUACUCGUUGUAUUGCAACGGGCCACGCAUCCACGAGUUCCUGCGCGAGCUGGGCCAUAUUCUGCAAAGGUACAACGCCAUGACCGUCGGCGAGCUGCCGCAUACGCCGCGCAUGGCCGACGUCCUCGACUACGUCUCCGCCAAACAGAAGCAGCUGAGUAUGGUCUUCCAGUUCGACCUCGUCGACAUCGGCUUUGGUGCCGGCCUGCGCUACGACACCUCCCCGCGCAACUGGACGUUGUCGGACCUGCGCGCGCGCGUCGCCCGCACGCAGGCCCUCGUCGACGGCUCCACGGACGGCUGGAGCACGACCUUCCUCGAGAACCACGACCAGGCGCGCUCCGUCUCCCGCUUCGGCUGCGACGACGCCGUCACCCACCCGGAGCUGUGGGAGCGCAGCGCCAAGAUGCUGGCCAUGUUCGUCGCCAGCCUGUCCGGCACGCUGUUCGUGUACCAGGGCCAGGAGAUCGGCAUGGCCAACGCCCCGGCAGACUGGGACAUAGAGGAGGAGUACAAGGACCUCGACAGCCUGAACUACUACAACUAUGUCAAGGAGCACCGGCGCGAUGACCCCGGCGCGCUCGCAAGGGCCAAGGCCGCGCUGGCCCAUCUCGCGCGCGACCAUGGCCGCAUGCCCAUGCAGUGGGAUGCCACGCCCAACGCAGGCUUCACCACUGCCUCCGCCAAGCCAUGGAUGCGCGUGCACGACAACUACCCCACGCUCAAUGUGAAGCGGCAGGUGCAUCGGCCGGCAUCUGUGCUCGCUUUCUGGCGGGAGCUGCUGCGUGUGCGUCGUGCCAAUGCUGCCGUCUUUGCGGAGGGUGUCUUUGCUGACACGGAUGCGUCGAAUGAGGCCGUUUUCGUCUUUGAAAAGAGGGCUGUGCAGCAGAAGCUCGUCGUUGCGCUCAAUUUCACCGCUGACCGGCAGGUUGUCGAUCUGGCCGCGAGCCUUGGUGGUACAUAUAAGACGCUGUUGAAGAACUAUGAGGAGGAGCCGUUGGAUGCGCUGCAGCCGUAUGAGGGGCGUAUAUACCUAGUUCAAUAG